GGAAAGAACAAGGGGAAGAGUAGAAAUAAAGGUAGAGAGAUCCAUAGAAGAGAAGAAUGAAGAUCACCGACUGCUAGAAGCUUAAGAUAGCCAUAAAUAAGCAAAGGAAACAUCAGCCAAAAAGCACCACUUGUCACCAGCCAGCCAAAGCCCUCUUUCCAGCAACCAGCAGCUUACACAACUGUGGAGCGUUACAGGAAUUCUGUUUAAGAGCAGUGGAAUUUGUGAGAUUUGUUGAUCAAGUGAAUGGAAGGAUUGCGAGUUGAUUGAAUGUAGGUUGAAAAGUUAUUGUGGGUUGCAUUUUCAUCAGCUUUCCAGGAUGUCUAUGUUCUAACACAAUUUUAAGUAAAAAUCAACGUUAAGAAAUUAGCAAGAUGCCUCGUAAGGGAAAUUAUCGAGUUGAUUAUGAAGAUGACUAUGAUGCGUAUGAAGAUUAUGAGUACUAUGACAACGACAAUGACUAUGAUUAUGGUUACAAUGCCAACGAAAAUGGUGUAGUGCCUGAGUCUAAGGAAAUACAAGAAGCGGCGAAGAUUGGGAUUUGGCGCUGUCCAAUAUGUACAUAUGAUAAUGAAGAUGAUAUGUCUGCAUGUGAAAUAUGUGGGGUCCUUCGUAAUCCACUGGUUAAGGGCCAUAGUAAGAGUAGUUCUGGCCCAGUUGGUGGCAUAUGCAAAGACUCUGGAGUAUCCAUAAUGGCCAAGUCUCUUUUUGCAUCAUUGCCGCAACACAAACCCAAAAAGGCCGUAGUCUUUGAAGCAAAGAAUGGUGCUCUUUUGAAAGGGGAACCUGGAAAUAUACUUGGGGACUUUCAUGAUUUCCAUAGGGCUUUUAGCUCUCAAAACAAAUACAAGUUUAAUAUAGCCCCUUAUAAGUUUGAUGGUCCAUCUCCAGAUGACUUGGUGUCAAGUGGAAUGCGUUCCUCCACACUGGGUUCUAAAGCCAAUUUUAAGACUUCUUCAUCGCCAGAUGUUUCUAGAAAAGAAAAAGAGCUUAAGAUUGAAGUAGAAAGAGAAAUAACUAUUGAAGGGCAUGAUAGCUCUUCUGCAUCAACAUCAAAGGAGAAGGGUCCUCUUUUAAAGAUUGAGGGCAAACCUCAAACCAUUUCUGGUGAUAUGAUGAAGAUGUCAAUAUCUUCGAAGUCUGGAAGUGCAAAAAAUGCCAAUCGUGCAAGAGCUUCGGUAAGUGCACCAUUUAAACCUGAGAAAUGGAUGCUUCCUGACCAGAUUGAAGAUAAAUUGAGUCAACUAAAUCUCGCAAUUGUCGGCCAUGUUGAUUCUGGAAAGUCCACACUCUCAGGAAGACUGCUGCAUCUUUUAGGGCGUAUAUCCCAGAAGGAAUUUCACAAAUAUGAGAGAGAGGCCAAACAACUGGGAAAAGGGUCCUUUGCUUAUGCAUGGGCAUUAGAUGAGAGUGCUGAAGAAAGAGAAAGGGGGAUAACUAUGACUGUAGCUGUUGCAUUCUUCGAUACCAAAAAAUAUCACAUUGUUCUACUUGACUCACCUGGCCACAAAGACUUUGUUCCAAACAUGAUAUCUGGGGCAACACAGGCCGAUGCUGCAAUUCUUGUUAUUGAUGCUUCAGUGGGUGCAUUUGAAGCAGGAAUGGAUGCUUCUGGAGGGCAAACAAGGGAGCACACACAACUGAUUAGAAGCUUUGGCGCAGAUCAGAUUAUAGUUGCAGUUAACAAAAUGGAUGCUGUGGAAUACUCCAGGGAGAGAUUUGAUAUUAUUAAGCAGAAGCUGGGUGUAUUUCUUCGCUCCUGCAGUUUCAAGGAAUCUUCUAUAUUGUGGAUUCCCAUGAGUGCCAUGGAAAACCAAAAUUUGGUUGAUGUUCCUUCUGAUACACGAUUAUCCUGGUACCAGGGACUUUGUCUGUUGGAUGCAAUAGAUUCUCUCCAGCCUCCUGUUAGGGACUAUUCAAAGCCUCUACUUCUGCCAAUUUGUGAUGUUAUAAAGUCACAAUCACAAGGACAACUGUCUGUAGUGGGGAAAGUGGAGAAUGGAGCUCUUCGUUCUGGAUACAAGGUUUUAGUUAUGCCAUCUGGAGAAAUAGCAACAGUGCGUUCUUUGGAACGGGACAACCAUGUCUGCAACAUUGCGAGAGCUGGAGAUAAUGUGACAGUCAGUCUGCAAGGUGUUGAUCCGAAUCGAGUGACAGCCGGGGGUGUGUUGUGUCACCCUGAUUUCCCUGUUGCAGUUUCUAAGCAUUUCGAAUUAAAGAUUGUUGUGCUGGAUGUUACAACUCCAAUUCUGAUUGGUUCUCAGUUGGAAUUUCACAUACAUCACACAAAGGAGGUAGCUAGAGUGGUCAAGAUUUUGUCCCUGCUUGACCCAAAGACUGGAAAGGUGUCAAAGAAGUCGCCAAGAUGUCUGUUAUCGAAGCAGAAUGCUGUAAUUGAGGUGGCUCUGGAAGAGGAGGUCUGCGUUGAAGAAUACUCGAGAUGUAAAGCCUUAGGAAGGGUAUCCCUUAGAGCAUCAGGGAGAACGAUAGCGCUUGGUGUUGUUACUAAGAUUGUACAAAAUGAGCAGUAGUUUCAUUGCAAAAACAAAGGAAUUUUUGCAUGUCGGCCAGAGCCCACGCCCGAAUAGCUGCUGACUGCCAGCAUCUCUAGCCUGAAACCCAUGGUGUAGUGCAGAGUUAGCACCCUGUAUUGGGUAUUCUUCACUGUACAUUAUUGCUGAUCCAAUUUUGGUAAAUUUGCUAGUCACACCCCCUUUGUCUAUCCUCUUGUUUUUUUUCCUCUCUCUUUCUUUUCCCUGAAUACAAGCAACAUACACACAAAAUUUUUUAGAAUCCACGAGUACAGGCUCUUUGGA